AUGAGUAUCGGAUUAUCGCAAGAAGAUAUUGAUCUGGUUCGUUCCUACGUAACAGCCAGAGAUGGUCAUGAGUAUGACUAUGUUGAAGAUGGCGUGGUCUGCUUCGAUAUCACUCAUAAUUACCUCAAAGUGCGCAUGCACAGUGUACACAUGCCGAUCACAUCCACAGUGUUCGAAUUGAAAAGAAAGAUUACCACGCAUUCCGGAACCCCUCCAGAGUUCCAGCGCUUAGAACUUCAGUCUUCUUCUGGAAUGAAAAUAGUGGAUCUGCUAAACAACGAUGCAACUUUACAAUCAUAUGGUUUUCAAAACGGAAUGGUCGUUCAUUGCACAGAUUUUAAUCCAAAUUCUCUAGCCAAGGAUGGAGGACUGGAUGACGUGUCAAAAGUAAAGAAAUAUACUAUGAGCGACGAGGAAUACAACAAACUCCAAAACACCUAUCGAGCCUACAAAAAGCGCGUGGGCGAAAAUUUCGAUGCAAAUAAGCAAUAUGGAGCCGAUUCCGUUGCCCAUGUCAAAGUGGACAGUCGAUGUGAAGUGUCUCCAGGAGGUCGUCGAGGCACGGUGCGUUGGAUUGGAGUCUUAGAAGAGGGCAGUACGACACGCGGCGGAUACUGGGUCGGAGUUGCGUUGGAUGAGCCAACAGGAAGGAAUGACGGCAGUUUUAAUGGAACCAGAUUGUUUGAGUGUGGAGCGAAUUAUGGAGUGUUUGUAAGGGGAGAAAAUGUACAAAUCGGUGAUUUUCCGGAGGAAGAACUUGACUUGGAUGAGGAGUUUUGUACUUUUUGUUUCACACACUAUGUUCCUGUUGGAUCUGUAUGA